AUGGAUGCUGCCAAGUACACCCAAAUUCUUGAGGAUAACCUGUGUCCCUUGGCUAGACAGCUGAGGAUGGGCAGGUCAUUCAUCUUCCAACACAACAACGAUCCUAAACACACCACCAAAAUAACAAAGCAGUGGCUUAAGGAUAAGAAAUCGGCAGCCGUCCUCCUCUUCUACAGUGCUCCUGUUUAUCACCACUGCAUCUUGGAAGCUGUCACUGUGGGAGCAGAGUGGGAGCUGGAGGAGGGCAGUGCUGAUUCUGCUUUCAUGUUUAGACUCUGUUUUGCUGUCUUUUAUCCUGCAGAUGAGAAAGAGGACACAGUGUUAGGAAGUUUGCCGCUGCUCAGUUUCCAGAUCGGGGGACUGGACCCUUUGGAUAAUAUCACCCGCAAGUUUGCCUUUAAGGUGUGGUUGGAGGAGGAGGAGAGUGAGGAUGGAGAGUUGAAAGGUCCAGUUGUGUUUUGCAUGCAGGCGGAGCACACAGGGACCAGGACAUACUUCUUCAGCACAGACAGCCAUGAGGAGCAAGAGGAGUGGAUCAGAGCCAUGACUGAGGCUGCAGAGGUCACCGUUAAGCCAACACAGAGAACAAGCUCAGACACCACAGUUCUCAACCACACCCUGGUGACCCAGGCACCUGACCCCCAAACACAACAGCUUCAACAGUCACACACACACAACGAAACUGAUAGUGGCCCCCCCCUCCACCUUAAGAUCAAUGGGGUAGACAGCCUCGAUACACCUCCACCCUCAACCCCUUGCUCUGAUCAGGAGGGAAAGAAGAACGAUGGGAGAAGAGGAGAAGGUGGAGGAGAAGAUGAAGGUGGAGGACCUGGUUUUUGCCACCCCGCUCUGUCAAACCACCACCCAAAUGGCUGGGGCCACUAUGGCCCUCCCAGCACCAUGCCCCACAAAAGCAACAGCAAACCCCCUCUAUCCAGGAGUCACAGCGGACAUCAUACCCCUCAGGGACAUCCUGGAGUGGCCGUCAGCGUACCACACAACCCCAGGGAACAGCAGGAGAACGUGGUGUUGAGAAGGGGCUUUGUUCCCAGGACAGCUCCAGAGAGGGUGGCCCAGAGAAAGAGCUCCAUGGCCCAGCUGCAGCAGUGGGUCAACCAGCGGCGUGGCGUGGCCUCCCAGGAAGACAUCAACAGCCCAUCUCGUUAUUACCCAGUGAAUCCAGGGGUCUCGGCUGACUACUAUGGCUACCUUGCUGGCCCCCACUAUGUGGAGGAGUACCCUCUCUACCAGCCAGGGGUCCGACCUGAUAGCAUCUGCUCAGUUUCUGCUGUGGGAGGAUACGACCGCCGUUGGACUGUUGAGGAGAAGCGCCGCUCCCUGAGGGAUGGACCCCACCAGUUGUAUGGACAUCCAAUGUCCAGGGAUACAUGGGGGCCACAGUACUAUGGAGGAAUGGAAACCAACAUGAGGCGUCUGUCCAUCCAGCCACGCUCAAGGUCUGUGCCCAGGUCACCGUCCUCGUCAUCCGGGGGCCCCUACUCACCGGUGCCACCCAACUUUGCCUCACCAGCUCGAUCGCCAUCUGCCCACUUCGAUAGGUUUCCAGGAAGGAUGAGGGACGACGCGAUCUAUGCUGAUCCAUCCAUCUACAGCCUGAGGAGAUCUCUCAGCUCAUCAAAAUAUGACUACCCUGGUGAUAGGAGGUCCUUAAGCCAAGGAUUAUACCACUGCAACUACCCUGUAUCCCCUUCCAUCCACAAUAAAAUGGAGGACAUAUUAGACCUUCAGCUCCAGCGUAACCUGGACUACCUAGACCAGCAGGUGCCUCCUUUUCAUGAUGUCUAUAGCAGAGAGUUACACCCCACGCUGAAGCUCAAUGAGAUUGAAACCAGUAAACUCUUGGGUCGACUGUGUGAGCAGAACAGAAUUUUGAAAGACCAUGAGGCUGUUGUCCACAGAUUGAGAAUGGACAAGGAUAGCCUAGAGGAGGCACUGGUGGGAACUCAUCAGGAGAUGGAGCUGUACCAUAACCAGCCUCUGGCCAUGGAAAAGCUGCAGUUCAAAAAGGAAACCCUACAGAACAAGCUCAUCAACAUCAGAGGAGAGCUCUCCCAGGCCUCCAGUGCUUUAACCACCACUCGCAUGGAAUUUGAAGCAUUAGAGGAUGAGGCCAAUGCCAUCCAUGGAGAUCUAUGGGAGCAGCUUAAUGCAGGAGUGCAGAGCGAACUGGUUCGAAGGCACAUCCAGAAAGAGUUUUGGAGAGUCCAGGAUGUGUUAGAAGGAUUGCACAAGAAUAAGUCCUCCAGAGGCACUGACACAGCCAAGCACAGAGUGGCCAGCGGUGCAUCAGGCUCCUUUAGCACAAAUAGUCCUGCCAGUCCCCUGAGCUCAGUAAGCCUCACCAGCCCACUCAGCCCCUUCUCCCCAGUGCCCGGCUCCCAGGCCUCCCCCACCAAACAGCUGGGCCCGGAGGAAAGUGUUCCCCCAAGACCUCCCCUCCCUAAGUCCUAUUACCCUUUGGAUCCUUCCCCCACCUUCCGUCCCUCCACCCCCCCCCUGCCCUUUGACAGCACCGCCUGGCUACGCAGCUUGGGCAUCGAUGAUGGUAACCUUGAUGAUGAAGAUUCUCACAUCAGAAAGUCCAGGUUUGGAGAACAGAACAAUUGCAGUGAUAUGCAGGACCAGGUCCAGGACAGGCAUUCCAACAUGAAUAAAGUUGGCAUUGUUCCUCCAAGAACCAAGUCACCUGCUGACGAAUCAUACAGCACUGCUGGAGUUUCCCGGCCUAACAGCAGAUUGCCAAAUGGAAUUUCUAGGGAGCGUCCAAAAAGCGCUGUGUUUCCUACAGAGGUGAAGUCAAAGAUGAGUGUGGAGGAGCAGAAUGAGCGAAUCCGUCGCAACCAGAGCAGCUCUGUGAGGGACAAGAGGCGGAGCCUAAACCUAUCAGGCAGUCAGUCUACACCGAACUACAAAGUGAUUCGUAGGCGUCUGACAGCUCAUGAGAUAGACAUCAAAGACUUAGAGGCAGCAGUUCGAGGCCCGGGGCUGGAGUCUCCUCGGGAGGAAAUUGCUCGGCUGAGACGGUUAGAGGUUGAACCAGAACACUAUGACCUGGACAUCAACAAACAGCUGAUGGCUCCUGACAAGGUUCUGAUCCCAGAGCGCUACCUGGAUGUAGAUGAUAACUCUCCUCUGAGCCCAGAGGAGCAGAAGGAGAAGCAGAAAAAACUGGAACGGAUCAAGACCCUCAUUGCCAAAUCAAAUUUGCAGAACAUGGUUCCUCUCCUGGAUGGCCCAGUGGAGGGUGGAGCUCCAGUGAGCUCCCAGCAGCAGUUGCAGGAACAGGAGAAGCGUAUUGAGAUCUCCUGUGCUCUGGCUGCUGAGGCCUCACGUCGUAGCCGCUUUCUCUCUGCCCAGUGCGCCCACAGUCCCCCCACCUCCCCGACCAGCCUGGCCCCUCCCCCUUCCACUGCUGACUUCCCCAACUCCGCCCACAUCAUGAAGGUGUGAGUCUGAGCAGUUCAAGCCCUGGCUGCUGUCAAGUUUGAUGGAGCAUCUUUCUGAGGAUUCACUGAACAAGCUGAGCAACGAAGAUUGCCCCAAACAAAUGACUUUUAAUUUUUUUAGUAGCUAAACUGAUACAACAAAGGCACGGAUACCUGUCAAAGGAGGUCCAUAGAGGCAAGUGCAAAUUUGCAUCCCACGUUGACACUACGAAGACUUAAAAGCUCACUUCCAAAACUUCAAUUUAUUCAACCCACCUCUGUCUUCUAACGUGUGUGCCUGGAGGCACAAAGGAAGGUUGCAGUUCUCUUACCUGCUUCAAGAGGUGUAAUAGUUCUAUAUAAUUUAGCUCAGGACAUAUACUACAAAGUACAGAUUACUGAUGAACUAUGAUGAGGACGAUGAGAUGUUUUACACUCACUGUGACAGAAAGUCAUGAAACAGUGAGGUUUGAUAUGGACCUGUUCACAAGGAGAAACUACAUAUGAGAGGCCCACACUGGAGAUGAACCAGGAGAAAAGCUGCAGAUAAAUUAAGAGAGUUAGGGAUGCAGUCAGAUGAACGUGACUGAAGUUACAGAGGCGCUUUGAACAUGCAUCUGGACAUUAAAAGCCAGAGGAGAAUGUUUAUUAUCUAUAAAUCUCCAUAUCUACCAUGGAAAUCCCCCAGUGGCCCCUCACCCAGUGAGGAGCAGUACUUGAUGACAGACUGAUUUUGGGUAUUUUCCCACAGUGACACAUGCUCCCAGACCUUGACAACUCACCGAAACAAGAGUGAAGCCUCUCACCCUUUGUGAAAAGCUGAGCGAUCUCUUUCUGAACUCACUGUGAUGCCUGUUUUACCAAACCUCCAUUCCAUACCCUGCUCCAAUCCUGCUCCAAUCCUCUCAGCCUGAUCUCAAAUCAGUUACACUCAUAUGCAAACAUUAACAUACCGUACAUUUUUAAGGGACAAGUAGUGUCGCCUGGAGUAUAUUUAAUUUUCAUACGUCAUCCAUUUUUCAAACCAAACACAAGAACGCAACAUUAAGCAAGAUGAAGAGCAUUUCAUAAACCACGACUCGUCCUACAAAGCUGCUAACUACAGCUAUUUGUCCCAUAGUAAAAUCUGAAUAUGACAUAUGUGACACGCAAUGUUUCCUUGCAUCCCCCACCCUGUCUCAUAUUUGCUGUCAUGCUCAAUAUUUUUUAUUCAACUGCUGUAGGAUCAGACAGUAUACUCCCAAACCUCAGAGAUGCACAAUAUUAAUACCACCCUCAUUCUUUCUCUCCCAUUCAUAAUGCUAUCGUCAUACCCUCUGCCUGCUGUCAGAGAUGGACAACAACUGCUUUGUUUGGUGUGACGGCCCUGUCAGACUGUCCAAGCUGAAAUAUUUUCUUUUAGCUAAAUAAAGGUAAUUUUGUGCUAUCUGCAUGGUUGAGGGUUGUUAAACCCUAAGAACUUACUCACUUUGGUUGGACAUGCAUAUAUUAUUUUGUUCAGUCUAAAGUGGGCUUUCCUGAUUUUCAUCCGUCCAUCACUGAAAUGAGCAUAACACCAGCAGUGGAAUGUGUACUUGGGUAGACCAUGCAUAUUUCAACUUUAAAAAAGUAGAUUUAAAAAUAAAAAAACACUGGAAGGAAGUGACACAAUCCUCCGUUCUGGAUAUAAAGAAGCAUCUGUAUGAGACAGCUACAAAGCUAAAAAGGACAAACAGAAAUUGCUCAAAGUCAAAGGUAAGUUUAGAAGCUUUUUCUUAGUGGAAUUAAGAGUUUUCACUUUAAAUGUGCUCAACCUACAGCAUGUGCUCAUGGCAACAACAGUUUGGUACUUGUGGUAAGGUUUCAGCAAAGUCUCUAACUUACCUAACCAUCUUUACGUAACAUUGAUGGUGGUCAUCCGGUGGAUAGACAAUAAAAAUGUAAGCACACACUGCUGGUAGGAAACAGAGAGCCAUCCACCAACCUUCACACCAUCACUGUACAUUGCUCUAUGGAAACCUAACAUAUCUGAGCUGUUUUGGUACAGAACACUGGUACUGAGUAUAAUUCUCUAAUUCAGUACAGGUGCAUAUGACUGUAAUUCAUAUGAGUUGCAACCUGAAGUGUUACCUCACAGCAUUUGGUGAUGGUGUCGCAUUUGGAUUAAUCAUCAUAUGGCUCAAGAAAUUACCCCAGUGAUUGUCUACAGAUAUAGGUUUAAGUAUGUUGGUUUUAUCUUUAUAAAUGGUAAGCUGUAUGUGGAAAGUGAAAAUAGAAGUGACCUUAGAUGUGUAACUGUGUCUGUGUAGAGAAGCUAGCUAAUGAUACAUUCAUUUGAGAGGAAACAUAAUGGGAAAUCCUGUCAUGUAGCAUAUCCCAACAAGACUUCAUGCCAUCUUGCAGUGCCAUAGAAUGAAGCAUGUCUUUGUGUUUGUUGUGAUGAAUAGACAUAUUCAUGUAAUGACUUACAAAGGAGUUUGAAUCUGGAGGAAAUGUAAUGAUUGAUGAUACCACUGGAGGGUGCCAAAGUUAAAAAUGUUCUAAAUCUGAACAGAGUGGUUCAGUGGCAACUUAGUGGCAUUGUGAUGAAACUCCAAAAUGGCCAAAAUUAUAUUGGUAAGUAAAACAUUUUAGAAUAAAAACAGUGGUUUGAAUACAAAAAUAUGUUUAAAUUAGUCAUUUAUCAUUUAUUGGGUUAGGGUUAGGGUUAUUUCCCAGUGACACUUUUUUUCAUAAUGCUUUUUUUUUUUAACUGAAGAAAGGAUAACUUAAAGGAAAAUAAUGAAAUCUCAUUUCAUAUUUGUCAGUAUUGGCUUCUCAGUUAAACAGAACAAGUAUAUGGCAAGUGGGGAGUUUCAUCUGCUGGUAUUUUAGAGCAGUGUGACUGCUUCUACCAAUGUCUUUCACAUGUCAUGCUAAAACACCCGUCCAUAAAAAGUCAAGGCUAUCUCUAUCAUAAAAAAGUGUUUUAACUUUUUGUGAUAUAAGACCUUGUUCUCAGUCUCUUCAUUGCAAAAUCCACCAAAGUUAAACUCUGUCACCACAUACACACCCCUCCUGUUUGUCAUGAUUAUCGCUGUUCAUCAUGCUUGUGUUGCCCUUACACACUUCAGUGUUCAGGUGACCUGUCUUUACAGAAAGCUGUAUGUACCCAGAUUUAGAGACAAUAUGUUGCAGAAAAUUAAAUAAUGGAAUUCUAUACUGAAAGCAGUUAACACUUUUCACUAAGCAAAAACAAACGAGGAUUUAAGAGAAUACUUCUAUUUUUUCUUGUUUUCAGUUUUUUUUUUGUUUUUUUUAGAAAGGGAAUACAUUCAAAAGAGGCAGUACAUAUUUUUUUAGAUGCAUGGUUAUUCAAUGACAAGUUGACAGGUGCAAUUUUUACACUCAAUUACUCAACGUUUUGCAUUUUUCCACAAGAUUUCGUUUUUAUUGUAUUGCUGUUGAGGACUGUGCAGGACAUAGAUAUUUUUGGAUUAAUUGGAAUAUGAUGUGUUAAAAACUGACAGCCGAAAGGUGGUGUCCAAUAUUUGAUACUAGAUGUAGCAUUUGUGGCUUAUGAAAAUAAAUAAUAUAUACAUUAUAUAAAUUGGUCAGUGUAUAUAGUAUUAUGAAUAUCAGUUACUAUCACACUAUCACAUGUAACCAUUGCUACGUUGGGGGAAAAUAGGCAAACUGCUUGAACUAUGCAAAUGAUAAAAAAGAGACAAAUAAUACGCUAGCUUUCAGAAAACCUUGCAAUAAAGUGAAUGUAUACAAAUGUGUUCUCUAGAUGCUUCUGAAUUUACCACACUAUUUUGUAUGAUAAAAACAUGUCUCACUGUCUGGAAUGAUGAUAUAUUUACUGCUGUUUAAUCCACUUGUUGAUGAUGAAUUUCACUGCCAAAAAUACUGAGACUACUGAGGUAAACUGUCCAGCCCGCUUGUUAACAAUAGGCUCCCUGAUGAUAUUCUACAGACUUUGAUAUAUCAAAUUGUAUGUCUGAAUGAAUAAAGUACAAAAGCAAAGACA